AUGUCUCGCAACACGUCUAACCUCACCCGAGAUGAGUUCAUGCACGUCUUCCUAGUCUGGAAUGAGUUGAGGAAAAAGAAGUGCACCAGAUGUGAAGAUCUGGAUCUGGUUUGCAACUACGCCAAGGGCAAUAGCUUCAAAUGUGACGCGUGUCUGAGGACUAAGUCAGGCAGGGUAAAAUGUUCCUGGCUGGCGGAACUUAUAGAGAAGGUGGUCUUACUAGCCAAUGGGGAAGAGCUCGCCCCGCGUGCCCCGAACAAGUGGUUGAUUUGGAUCCUAGAGGCCUUAGAGGCCUUGGGGGGCGCCAACCAAUCUACCACGGCCACGGACGACCGACCCACUAACGAGAGCACCCCAUCCGGCGUGUCGGUCGAGAGAGCGGCUCAUAACGCAAGUCUGUCUAGUCAAAUCGUCGACAACGGACGCGUUGCUACGGAGCUUGGCGACGACCGGGCUCAUCGUAGUAGACGGUCCACUGAGCUCGUGGUAGACGGCGCCUUUGCCGAAGAACAGGGGGACGCCCACGCCGACAGUAAUAUCCGCAACCGAAGCGCCCCCACUCCGUCUGCGGACGAUGACGGCGUUCGUGAAGAGCGAGAACACGGCGACAUUGCCGAGGAACAGGGCUACCCAUCCACGCACAGUCCUGCCCCGUCCUUCGCAAUGCCCGACCGCGAGGGCUCUCCGAAGUACUUUAGGACUCCUUCAAUGGAGUUGCCGGGCGACCUGGAGUAUCCGACGCACAAUGGGACUCCGUCCUUCUGGGUCCCCCGCUCUCCGGCGUACUUACGGAGUGAGUCUGCCGAAGCGCCCGACUACCACUUGAACCAUCCGGCGCACGACGGAACAUCGCACCUCGGAGUGCCCGCCUACGACGGCUCGGCGUCCCACAUCGGGGCGCAUGAGGACGACGACGGUAUGGAAGGUGUGCUGGGUAACCGGGCGCAUAGCGGCACUCCGUCCGUGGGGGAACUAGACGCUGGGGCUCGGGAAAAACGGGCCAUCGCACGCGACAGCGAGCUUGGCUUCUCGGAUGCCGAAGAACUGGUUACCUCUCACUCCGGUAAUCAUGAGGAGGAAGAAUUGAAAAGUCGAGCACUGGAACUGCUGGGCGAGAUCCAGGACAAGACCGAGGAGUACGUCGAGCUGAGCAAUCUGGCUGAACUCUCGUCGCGACGCCUGCCGCACCUCAUGGAAGAAGCAGCAAGCCCGAAGGAGGUGAGCGAGGUCGCUGCGUGCGCCGCUGGUUAUUUAACCGCAGCCCGUUUGGCGAAGUCGGCCGCCUGGCUGGCGGAAUGGGAACGCAAGAACACCCUGCAACGUCUGGAGCAGCUGAAGGGGAGAGGUAGCCUCGGCAUCGCCGUCCCAGAGCGGGCGGUCGAGAACCCAGCGUUCGUCGGCGUCACUCCCUUCCGCCCGCUCGUCGGCGUCACUCCCUUCCGCCCGCUCGUCGGCGUCACCACCCUCCGCCCGUUCGUCGACCUCAUUCCCUUCCGCACGUUUGUCGGCUUCAGGCGCCGCUGCACGCUCGGCGGCAUCAGUCGCAUCUACGACGACACGCAACCACGGGCACAUGUACCGGGCGCGGACCCUGUCUCGUCCGCGGUUGUGCUCGACGUGCAGAAGGUCGUCGCAGGCGAGAACCUGCACAAGAACGUGACAGAGGUCGUCGGUCUGUGGCUCGGCGCGCGCCUAUGCGAGAAGCUCCUGGGUCCGAACGCGCUGGCGUCGCUAUUCGUCUUCGGCAUCCAUGGCGGCGGCGCGCGGUAUUGGCGGCGGCGCGCGCAUCUCUCCGACUCUCACGGCCGCGAGAUCUGCAGUGCGGCGGCGCCUCCUUCACUCGAUGCCUCGUGUGAUGCUGGCUGCUCGUUCGUCCUCCACCAUCGAUCACGACCUACGCUGCCUCCGCCCCCGCGACCCAGCCUGCCCGCCCGAUCCCUGGAACAGAUUCAUUCAUUUACGAGCACGAUGAACCCGACCGGCGCGCCUAUUCCUGCAUGGUGGCUGCCGCUCGAUCCCACCAACGUUGCGAGCCCGGUCAUCAAUAACGCCUCGGUGGAGAAGCUGAUGCGCGACAGUGCAGAUGCCGCGAAAGCUCUACAGACCCGCGUUCUCGACAUCCACGAGACUAUCAAGGCACAAAAGGAGGGGGGUCAGCCAAUCGACCCGAGGACGGCGGAAUGGUUCCUCCUCUGCCACCUGCUCCGGUUGCAGCUCGACCGGCAACGCCACAACUGCACGAAGCUCGUGGAGUACAUAUUGCGUCUCCAUGCGACUCUAGCUGCUGGGGGUGCCCCGGUGGUUUUGGAGCCUUUGCCCGAGGAAAUGGCCAGCUACGUGGGGUUAGUAGGAGUGAGGGCUCGACAACAGUAG